AUGGCGCAGUCGAAUGGAUCAAUAGUACCAGCCCCAGCUCCGCUAGACAUCAAUGACUCUGGUACAGUAAUCAAUAGUAUUAAAUUAUUUAAAAGCAAGUUUGAUCUGUACUUGAGAGCUAAUGAGCUGGAUGCCAAACCGGAUGGCUUUAAGGUUGCGGUACUGUUAAGUGUCAUAGGUGAUGACGCGUAUGAGUUGUUAGAAACAUUGAAUGCGACGAGCUCAGCAGCGACUGUUGAGACUAUAUUUAAAACGCUCCAGGAGUACUAUGAACCCAAAUAUAAUGUAAUAAUUGAGCAGUUUAAUUUCUUCCGAAGGAAGCAGGAAGAAUUCGAAACAUUUGAUAAGUUCUUGAGGGACAUUAAAACAAUUGCUAAACGUUGCAAUUUUGGUGAUCUGGAGAAUACCAUGGUAAAAGUACGAAUUGUUCUGGGAGUGAAAAACAGAGCACUGCAGGAAAGGUUACUGAGGGCACCUGACUUGACCUUAAGUCAAACUGUUGAACAUUGCAAGUCAGCAGAAUUGGCAAAACAGCAGCAAGAAGUACUCCACAAAAGUGAUGAAGUGGAUGUUCAUAAUAUGACCAACACUGGUAACACUAAGACUAAAUCAGUGAAGAAUAAUAGUAAGUGGCAAGAUUUUUCAAAAAAAGAUAGAAGUAGUAGCAGUUCUGUUGAUGUUGAGUAUGAUUGUAAGAAGUGCGGAAGGCGUCAUGGAUACAAAAAGUGUUUUGCUUUUGGGAAGUCGUGUAUCAAAUGUGGAAAAUUGAAUCAUUUUGCAGUGGGCUGCCGUGACGUCACACAACUUCAUAAGGAAGUUAAUAAUAUUGGUAAGAAUGAAAAUAUUAAAGUUGUAAGCGAUAAUGAACCUGGCUAUAAAUUGUUUGACAUAAUGUCUGUUGAAAUAUGGAAUAUUAAUGCCCAAUCAAAAAAAAAUGGGUGGUCUAAAAUUGUUAAAGUUAAUGAUAAUUGCAAAAUAAACUUUAAACUGGAUACAGGAUCUGAUAUUGAUAUUAUACCUAUAAAAGAUGUAGGAUCAGUUGAAUUAGUAUGUGAAGCAAAUAAAGAAAAAAUUUGUACCAGAUUCAUUAUUGUAGAUGAUAGUAAAACAAGAUGUGUACCUAUCUUAGGAUUAAAAACUUGUAUUAAAUUAAGAUUGAUAAAUAGGUCUAAAGUGGAAAGCAUUGAAUCAAAUGUUUGUUUAAACUCACUUAUAAAAGAUUAUAAAGAAGUAUUUGAUGGCGGACUAGGAUGUUUUCCGGGAGAAUACAAAAUUAAAAUUAAAGAAAAUAGUGAACCAAGGUUAAAUCCUCCGAGGCGAGUUCCAGAGUCCAUUAAAGAAGAGCUAAAAAAUACAUUAUCUGAAAUGUGUGAAUUGGAUGUGAUAGUUAAAGUUGAGAGACCAAUGAGCUGGUCGAGUAACCUUGUUAUAGUGGAAAAGCGGGAUAAGUCUCUGCGUGUUUGUUUAGAUCCUGUUGAGCUAAAUAAGGUAAUUAUUAGGGAUCAAUUUUUAAUUCCAACUCUUGAGGAGUUAAGACUAAAUCUGAACAAUAAAAAUUGGUUUACUUUAUUUGAUCUAAAGAAUGGCUUUUGGCAAAUAAAAUUGGAUGAGCAAUCAAGUAAUCUGUGUACUUUUAGUACCCCUUUUGGGUUCUACAGAUUUACCAGAUUGCCUUUUGGACUCUCGUGUGCACCAGAAGAUAUUCAAAAAAGAAGCAUAGAGUGUUUUGGGGAUAUUAAUAAUGUGUAUAUAUAUUUUGAUGAUUUACUUAUAGCUACUGAGGAUGAAAAAACUCAUGAUGAGGUAGUAAUACAGGUCUUAGAGAGGGCAAAAAAGUUCAAUAUAAAAUUUAAUUGUGCAAAAGUAAAAUAUAAACAGCAUGAGAUCAAGUAUGUGGGUAUGACAUUUAGCAAUGAGGGAAUGAAACCAGAUGAGGACAGAGUUAAGGCGUUAUUAGGUUUAAAGCCACCUAAAUGCAAAUUAGAGUUGCAGAGGUUACUAGGAGCAUUUAAUUACCUGAGACAAUUUAUACCAAACAUGUCUACGUUAAUCACUAUAUUGAGGGACUUACUAAAAAAAAUGUGUGUUGGGUAUGGAUGUGAUAGCUCACAAACAGGUCUAGGGUCUUGUUUGUUGCAAGAGGGUAGACCAGUUGCAUUCUCUUCGAGGAGUCUGAAUGAAGCGGAACAAAAGUACCCACAAAUUGAGAAAGAGAUGCUAAGUAUUGUGUAUGCAUGCAGAAAAUUUCAUAAUUAUGUGUAUGGACAUGUGACACAGGUAAUGACAGAUCAUUCACCAUUGGUGUCAAUAUUUGGAAAAAAUUUUGAUAAAGUAAUUUCAGUAAGGUUACAGAAAAUGAAAAUGAAACUCAUUAUUUAUGAUUUACAUGUAGAAUAUUUGCCGGGAAAGCUUAUGUUCAUUGCAGACUUGCUUUCUAGAAAUUAUCUUGAUGAAGAGGAAAAUGAACAAGAGAUAGAGGGAGUAAUCCAUGCAAUUGAGUACAAAAAUAUUAAUGUGACUGAAAUAGCAAAAGAAACUGAGAAUGACGAGAUAUUGAAAAGUGUGGUUAAAAUGUUUACAGAGGGGUGGCCUAAGGACAAAAAACAAGUGCCCGAGUGCAUAAGACAUUAUUGGAGGUUAAAAGAGAAUAUUUCUAUGGACCAAGGAAUAUUAUAUUAUGAUAGCAGAAUAGUGAUACCAAGUAAAUUAAAAUUAGCUGUAUUGAAAUUGAUACAUGAAGGGCAUAAUGGUACUCAAGACGUUGUUGAGAGCAAAACAGUUGGUUUAUUGGAUUUCUAUGGAUAA